AUGCUCCAAGCUGUUGCCAAACUAGCAAGUUUCUAUGUCCGUGUAGGGUUUGCAAAGGUUAAAGUUACUACUGAUGGAGUACCUUGUUCACAUCCAUGCCAAGAAAUCCUUGUGGACACGAAUUGUCACGAUGCUUGGUGCGGGUGGGACAGCAUAAUAGCUAGGGUGAAUAUCGGAGAUUCUGCUACGUGUGACUUCUACUAG